AUGCAGGCCCAGUCGACUGCUGCUCCAACCUCAUCCCCUCCGGGCGUGGCCGCUCCACAGCAGGACGGUCUCGUAUGGGAUGGCUGGCCGGAUGGUUUUUGGGAACGAAAUUUUACCUGGGAAGAAGUCGAGGCUACGGGGAACCUUAUGGUUCAUUGGGCAUGUGAAUCUGCAGGGUCAAAUGAUCGUCGUGGCAAGCGCAGGGCGUCUGCAGAGCACUGGGAGGACGGCACUCUGUUACUUCGGCAUUGUCAGGGUAUCAUAGAGUGCGACAAUGAUGACUGCUCAAUAAUUGUUCGCCCUCAAACCCGUCCGCGAGAGAUAUGGAAGCAAACCCGUCAGAAAUGCCGCUGCGGCGGCAGUUUGACACAUCUUGAAUGUCCGGGCAAAGUAACGUCGAAGAUAUGGACAUACAAGCACGGGAAGUUCUAUCGUAACGGCGGUCCACAUCAGCAUGCUCGACCAACCCAUAAACUUCAUCUUUUGAAAAACGAGCGCGCCGAGUUCGAAGCUAUUGUACGUUCCCAUCCAACAGCCGGCCCAAUGGCCCUCCUCGUUGGCAUUCCUGGAAUUGAAGGCCCAGGGCGUUCCGUCGCCGACAUAUCUUCUGUGUUAACGAAUAAAGAUCGUAUAACACAGGAACGUCGCCUCAUUACUCAAGGCAGUUCCGGCAGCGGCGGGAGUGCAGAAACGUUCAUUAGUGACUUCGCUGCGCUUGAGCAGCAAUACCCGGAUUUUUUUAUCUUCUCUCAGAUCGGCCGUGUCACUGUGAUUGUCAUGCAGACAUCAUUUAUGCGCUCGCAGCUCAUCAAGGACUUUAUUGCUAGUGAGCCGGUGAAUGGACUGGUCACUGAUGCAGCACAUGGAUUUUGGAGGAAUCGGGACGCACUUUUGAUCAUCAGCUCAGUGUUUUCAAAGGAUCUGCUUUGCUGGAUGCCGGUACUAUUCACCUACUCCAAUGGCGCAUCGGCAGACCACUAUGAAUGCCAUUUCUUUGCUUUAUAUGAGAGCAUCGGGCAGCAGGCGGAACUGCGUGGUAUUGCGCUCACUGAUGAACUCUUUCUCGAUGUUGUUGACUUCAGCGAAGCGCAGAGGCUGGGCAAGACCGGUGCCUUUGUCAGAUUUUGGUGCUUGCAGUCAGCUGAUAAUCGUAGCAAGGAGGAGUUGCAGGAAGAUGCAGCUGCUCUGGUUAAAGGCUGUCGUCAACAUUUCGAUGCAGGAGUUACGCGACUCACGAGGAUCGCAGCGGUCAUCCCAGUUGGACGUGCGGAGGCCUUCAAAUACCGUGUUGAAGGCCUAUUUGGCACUGAUGACAAGGCAGUCUUCCAGGAGAGAGCAUCCUUGAUCAUUAAGGAAUUCCCUAAGACUGAGCCAUGGUUAGCAUGGUGGACAAGAGAGGCCCAUGCACCCCUCUUGUUCCCAGCAUACCGUAAGAUGGACACCGCGCUCUGGGCAGCGAUUCCUGACACAACUAAUGCUGAAGAGGCUAUGCAUUGGAAGAUUUACUCAGGAACAGGCCGUGAUCAUGCAUUACUGGAGGGUAUUAGGUCUCUGCAUGCUUUCUCGGAACACUACGAGAGGCUUGUCACCGCAAACUUAAGUGGUGCGCCUAUACGUUAUGGUGAAGCCCAACCAUGGAAAUUAGUUGCCAGCCGCAUUGGUCGCACAAAGCCGUCGAGAGCACCUGAAGCAUAUGAACGUCGACGAAAGACGAAUGACGGUCGCCCCCCCGACACGACCAAGGAACUCCUGGGCGCUCGUAAGCAACGAGACAAUGCUAAACAGCGCGGCAAGCAGACUGCAACUGCCUACCACAACCGACUGCAGGGUGUACCACAUAACACGUGCCUUUGGGGACUCUACGAGACGAUAGACCUGCGCCGCUCAGGACAUUAUUCCUCCUCAACAAGGGAUACCAUGAAGCAGUGUAGCAACGGGCUUGCGAUACAGCGCGAUGCCUUCCGGGCUCGACUAAAAAAGUACCGCUGUAUUCCCGCGAAAGACGUGCCCCUCGCACUCUUUGGAUGGCUUAGUCAGACACUCAAUCACGAAUGGCUGAAGGACUCAUGUGUGCUUGGUGCAACCUACUUCCAUGGAUACCGCCUGAUACUGCGGUCUUGUGCUACUGCCAAUGGAGGUGAUCCGCCAUAUAGGCACUACCAGAUCACGUCGCAGCCACUCAAACUCUUUGAGCUCCGUCCCCGCCCCAAUGACUAUACAACCUUUAAUGGCAAGAUCCAGAACUGGUUUCGACGAGUGAUGUCCGCAAACCAGUCUCUGAGCGCCCUGUCACAAUGCUGGAAGACAAAAGAUGGCACUUGUUUAUGCAAGGGAGAGGCGAGCGACGUGACAUUAACUGUCUUGCUCCCUGUAUGUCUCAUAAUCUGGAUUGAGGAUGACGACCCGAAUACCUGGGAUUUCCCAAUGGAACUCAGACCAUUCACCAAGGAGGCUGCUAAGCAGCGUAUCGUUUACGACAUUGUUGGCCGUGGUCUAUUCGGUGCUGACUCAGAACAUUUCAUUGGACGAUUUCGCACACCCAAUGGCAAAGUCUACACGUAUGAUGGUCUCCUUGCUGACGGGUGCGCAACUCGGAACUUCACGAAGACGAGCUCUCUCCUAAGCGGGCCGGCGAUCACUUUACCAUCUGGAUACAAGACGAACGCCGUGGUGUACCAUCUGCGGGGAGGCACUGAUGCGCAACGUACUAUAUAUGCUCAUCAGAUUGCUGCUGUGAAACGCCUCCACCACAUAGUCUUUACACAAGAAGACUUGGAACAUACUCCAACGGUAGCCCUUGAUAUGCCGGGGGUUGAACGAAUGCCUGACACAGAGCGGGUGUGGUUAGACAACCCAUACUCAAAGAAGACUGCGGAUUAUCGAUUGACCAGCCAGCCUGCGUCCGGUAUUCAAGAGCUUGAACCGUCAGACAAUGAAGCUACACUGGCUGAUCCUCCGAGUUAUUCAUCACCAAACUUUGCCCCCAGCCAUGAAGCGCCCGGUGCUCAAACAGGCACUGGAACGGCAUCUCCGUUCUUCUGCCGCUGUGGCCUUCAUGGCAGCUGGACCGACCUACAGAUUGGGGAGCCCGCCAUCCAGUGUAAUCAGUGCAAGAGAUGGUCCCAUAUUGCAUGCCAGAAGGGGGGACAUGCGAGUCUGUUGGCAAAGACACAGAAGUUCAUCUGCGAUGACUGUAUGCUACUGCAGUUAUUAAACAUGGGAGGGGAAGCAGGCCGGAAACCAAUGAGGCAAAAAACAAGGCCACGCGACUUGUGUAUGUACCGAAGUCUGCAGGCUAUGUCCGAGAAGUCUAAUAAGUACCCAAAUAGGCCAGGAAAGGGUGCUCUCGUUCGGCACGGUGAUACAUAUUGGUACCCUGUGCGGCUAAUUAUGUCCAGGCAGAAAGAUAAGCACACCGAAUGGCGAGUCAAGUGGUGGAGGGGGUCUGUUUUUGCUGAUGAAAGUCCUCGCGAGACAUGGGUAUCCGCUGCAAGUGUGGUCGAUGAGCUAUGGCAGAACAGGGAAGCAAGGCGAAGGAUUCGUCUCGGACGUUGGCACAUGGCAUGUCAAGAAUCCGAAGUUGAAGACAAGUUAUUGGACUUCGACGCACAUGCAUACACCCCCGAGAUCGCCGGUAUACUCGCACCUCAUCAAGAACUGCUGACACGCCUUGUCUAUCAGCCAGAAGAGGUUGUGGACUUCGUGCCCGCGUUGGAUGAUGUGUCUGUUGCUCAAGAGAGUGGUAGACGGACCCUUGAAUCCCUUAAGAAUGGACUCAUACCACAUACUGGUGAGCUCAGUUUGCUCGAGCGGGGCCAAAUUAACAACUGGAUCGUAAAUAACAUCCGAGAGGCGCGGAAGAACCAAAACCUCUGGAUCGGCCGAGUUGCAUAUGCCCACGCGGUGACACUGAUCCUGGCCAGCCGCCAUAGGGAGAGAUUCCUCCGAGAACCAGAGUUCCCUCGCAACGCGUCAGCGGCCGACCAGCAGACCUUCAUCUUACAGGCUGCCUAUCGGCACCAAAAGGAACAUGUCAGCGAAGAAUACCUCCUACAUGGUGUUGACGUCGACCGCGAAUGCUUGUUUCUCUUCGAGGAGCGGCUAUUCGAAAACUCGGCGGCAGCGGGGUCAGCGGGGAACCACCAGUGGGGGCUUGAUGCAGGACCACAUCAAGACAACUGGAACCCAUAUACGUAUACCCCUCCUUGGUGGAAUCACGAAGACCGGGAGGAGAGAGAUUCUGAGAUUGAGCAUGGGCCCGACUACCAAUUGCCGGACCCUACCACAGCUGUACCUCGCAAGCGGAAGGCAGCCAUUGAAGAGAAACGUCCCGCACCUCGCCCAGCCUACGGGAGUCGCGCGAAACAGGACAGCGUGAAAGGGCGCAAAAGGCCGAGGUUGGAUUGACUGGCAUAUUUGAAGACU